AUGAAUACUCGCCCGGUUAUCGAUGAGUCCGUGGGGCCCUACUCGUUGUCGACCGCCUUCAACAAUGAUACUAGCUGCUUCUCCGUUGGCUUGGACACCGGAUUCUGUGAGGUGAGGAACGACACAUCUACCGAGGCUAUUGGGUUCUUGUCUCUCACAUAUGCCACAGUUUUCAAUGCAGGUAUCGGCAUCGCUGAGAUGCUCGGCCAGUCAAACUAUCUGGCAAUUGUUGGCGGCGGACGAAAUCCCAAAUUCCCUCAGAACAAGUUGAUCAUUUGGGACGACGCCAAACAGAAAAUAGCCAUUACCCUCGAAUUUCGCACGUCGGUCUUGGGCGUUCGCCUCUCCAAAACGCGGAUUGUCGUUGCCCUGCUGAACAGCAUCCAUGUUUUUGCCUUUUCUACACCUCCCCACAAGCUAUCAGUGUAUGAGACUUCUGAUAACCCCCUCGGACUGGCAUGCCUCGGUCAAAAGUUGCUUGCAUUCCCGGGGCGCUCCCUGGGCAGCUCUCCACUAAGGGCGAUGGCUCUAAGCCCGGAUGGAGAAGUCCUGGCUACGGGCAGCGAGUCUUACGGCUAUUCUCGACGGCAAAUUGCAGGAAAAUGGCAGAGCUUCGACGGGCGUGGACCCCGCAGUGAUAUUUUCGCUUUCUUUUCUCCUUCAAAUUCUUUGCUUGCUGUCACAUCCGAUAAAUCUACCUUACAUAUCUUUGAUGUGCCUCACCCACGCGAGAUGACACGUCGCAGCCAGUCCCCUGCAGCUGCAACCGAGGAAGGAACAAACCAGAAGUGGGGCUUUCUGAGCAGAGUGCCCUUGCUUCCACGGUUAUUCUCCGACGAGUAUUCAUUUGCCAACGCCAAUUUUGACAUUGGUGAUGGGACCGUCCCGGGUUCGCCGUCAUUGGCGCCGCAUAGCGUACCCACCGGGCGACCUCAAAAGGGCAUUACUGGCUGGUUAGAUGAUCGGACAAUCUUGGUGAUCGGUGCUGGGCGAGAUGGAAGAUGGGAGAAAUUUGUUCUUUAUGAUGGAGAGGACGGAAAGCGAUACUGCGUGCGAGACGGGUGGAAAAGAUACCUUGGCGGUUCAACGUUUUGA